UGUUGUCAUGUGCGCACAAGCACUCUGCAGUACGUCAUACGGUUUCUGCACUAGACAAUGAUUGACAGACCAGACAACACACAGUGGAAGACAAAAUGUGACUUUAAAGAUUGGAUGUUAUUUACGAUUCAUUAUUACAUAAUACAUUUUGUUUUAGUCUAACUAGGGAACAAAUUAUCAAUUUUUGGGGGGCUACUCCAAAUAAGAAUUACAUAACAUUAAUCACAGAAGAAAAAUCUUGUCAAAAUAACUUAAAAAUGCUGUUGAUUACACAAUAUAAAAUCUUUAUUGUUUUCUUUUUUACUUAUUGAUAAACAUAUUAUAUAACUAUGAUUAUGUCCUCAAACCCCUGGGCUGGUUUUUGGCUUCUUUUUUUGGGGGCUGAUUAGACAUCACUAAUUUGUUUGCAAAGACGAGUGACGUUGCUGUGACGCAACUCAUGUGCACAUAGUAUUUGUCAAGCAUCUUUCUUACGCAAAGACUGCAGGUCCAGUUCUUAUAUUUAAAAGACCUUCUGCUCCUCAAUUACAUCUGAAUUGGACAACAUGAUGAAUACUCAUGGACACGGAGCAGUCAGAGGAAACUCAAACUUCAGACGAGACUAAGUGUCUGUCUGAACCAGAAUCAUCACCUUAUUCACCAAAAACUGACAAGCAAAGAGCCAAAUCUCUGCCUGUAGAUCUAAACCAGCAUGAAUCUGCCUCACACAAGGAACAUCCAGGCCGUGGAAAGAGAGUCCAGUUUGCAGACGUGAUGGGGUUGAACCUGGCAAACAUCAGACACUUUGACAUCUCCGAUGAUGCAAAUGAAACAUCUGGACUCCAGAAUUGUCCUUCAAACCAGCAGCUUCAACAUCUGAUUUCACCACGUUUAAUACCAACCUUUGAAAUGCCUGUUAGUUCGCUGGAGUUUGAUAUGAAGUCACGCCGUCUGGGAGUCGCAUUGGAGAGUGUCACAAUAACCGCUUCUGAAGUGAAGGGUGUGAUCAGAGUGAUACAGAGCAACGCAAGAGAAGUUGGGGUCAGGUACACUUUAAAUAACUGGCUGACAUUUUCGGAUAUACAAGCUGCAUUAAGACUGAAUGAAGAAAAGGGGCUAGAGUGGGAAAAGUUUAACUUCGUUUUGCACAUGCCAUUCUGUUUUGACAAAGAUUCAUCAGUGCAUUUCGCAGUGUAUUGUCAAACUGAUCACGGGGAAUACUGGGACAAUAAUGAUGGACAGAACUACACUUUGAGGAUUCAAACUACUUGAUAAUCCAAGGAUUUACUAUCCAACUAUUUACAACCUGAAAUU